AUGGCUGGUGUCAGCGUCGCUGUCAGCUCUUCAACCAUCACUGGUCUCAGCUUCGUUGUUAGACUCUCCUCCAACUUCGCCAUCUCCUGCUGGCUCAAUGAUGUGGUGUUGUCGGGGGACACUCUUGCUCGGAGAAUAUUAUAUAGGAGAGAGAAACAGCGAAGAGUGUAUAUGGGGAAACUUCACCAUGCUACGUCAAUGGCGUUGCUGUCUGCAAUGGGCGCGCCGGAGAAAUCGAAGGCCAACGCUAAUUCGAUGCAGGCAAGUGUGCUUUAUUUUUACUUUUUGCUUGGAAUGAUGUGGAGUGGCAUGAGCAGCAAUAUGGACAUAUACUACAUCAAAAUUAGCUUUUGUGCUAGCCUACGCCCUGUUUUGACAUUAAAAGAUGCUUAUUCUAUUAUUAUAUCAGAUUUGGUAGUGUUGUCAUGUGCUGACCAUACUUAUCAAUCAAGUGCUAUAGGGCUAGAGCAGAGUGUUGUAACACCCUGCCUCUUCUCCAAGUGCUGUAGUGUCGCUCCUGGCUCUGCUCACUGCGUGCGUGUCAAGGUCUAUCGUCUGAAUGGUGAUGGGAAAUGGGAUGACCAAGGCACUGGGCAUGUCACUGUUGAUUAUUUGGAGCGAUCAGAAGAUUUGGGUUUGUUUGUUUAUGACGAAGAAGACAAUGAGAACAUACUUUUGCAUCGCAUCUCUCCAGAUGAUAUUUACAGGAAACAAGAAGAUACUAUUAUUUCAUGGAGAGAUCCAGAAUAUGCUACUGAACUGGCACUUAGCUUUCAAGAGCUUCUAAAAAUGCUUGGGCCAAAUCUGUUCCCCAACAUCAGCAAACAAGAAACUGUUCAGCAGUACCAAAAACAAUUGAGAAGCAUUUUUAUAAAUCACUCUGGUGCUACACAAAAAUCAGGCGACAAACUUAUGGUGGUUGAUAGUAGCAACACAGAUCAGUCACGGCUUGUGGAACUAAUUUUAAGCGAUCAUGUAUGCAUGUAUGGUACUGCGGUUUCCCUUUUGCUUAACAGUACACAAAUUUUUGAGCGAAUAUUCAGUGAUGAGUAUAUGAUGGACAUUAUUGGUACCCUUGAGUAUGAUCCAAAGGUUCCCCAUGUUCAGCAACACCGUAAAUUCUUAAAGGAGCAUGUUAUUUUUAAGGAGGCCAUACCUAUACGAAACUCAAAUGUAUUAUCUACUAUACAUCAGACAUAUAGAGUUGGUUUUCUGAAGGAUGUUGUUUUGGCUAGAGUUUUGGAUGAGGCUACUGUUGCUAAUCUUAACUCCAUAGUACAUGGAAACAAUGCCAUUGUUGUUUCUUUAUUGAAGGAUGACAGCACAUUUAUCCAAGAGUUGUUUGCUAGGUUAAAAUCGCCCACAACCACUCCUGAAUCAAAGAAAAAUAUGGUCCAUUUCUUGCAUGAGUUUUGUAGUUUAAGCAAGAGUUUACAGAUGGUGCAGCAGCUUCGACUUUUUCGGGAUCUGAUGAAUGAGGGUAUCUUUGACAUUAUCUCUGAUGUCCUCUUGCAAAGUGAAGACAAGAAGCUUGUGCUUAUUGGAACAGAUAUCCUCAUUCUGUUCUUGAAUCAGGAUCCUAAUCUUCUGCGGUCUUAUGUUGUUCGGCAGGAGGGAAUUACACUUCUUGGAUUAUUGGUUAGAGGCAUGAUAACAGAUUUUGGAGAUGACAUGCAUUGCCAGUUUCUUGAGAUUCUUCGCAGUCUAUUAGACUCGUGCUCAUUGUCUGGGGCACAGAGGGAUACUAUUAUCGACAUUUUCUAUGAGAAGCAUCUGGAUCAACUGAUUGAAGUCAUAACAACAUCAUGUUCUUCACAUGUGAAUAGUGAAAUAAUAGAUUGUCGCCAAGUAAAGUAUCAGAGUGGGACAAAGCCUGAGAUACUAUCAAACAUAUGUGAAUUGCUAUGCUUUUGUGUCCUACACCACCCGAACAGGAUAAAGUGCAACUUUCUUCUGAAUAAAGUAAUUGAUAAAAUUCUGUUACUGUCACGGAGAAGAGAAAAGUACCUUGUUGUUGGCGCUGUUCGGUUUGUCCGUGCUAUUCUCUCACGUCAUGAUGAGCAUUUGAUAAAUCAUUUUGUUAGAAGUAAUCUUCUGAAACCAAUUGUAGAUGCCUUUGUUGCUAAUGGUAGUCGCUACAAUCUUCUCAAUUCAGCUGUUCUAGAACUUUUUGAAUAUAUUCGCAAGGAGAAUAUGAAAUUAUUGCUGAAGUAUAUAGUUGAUUCUUUCUGGGAUCAGUUAGUUAAAUUUGAGUAUUUGGUUUCCGUUCGUUCACUGAAAGUAAAAUACGAGCAGUGUUUGGAUACUGAUGGGACAAAAGGGACUGCUGUUACGAAUGACCUCCGAAGACGGCUUGAUGAGCGUGCUCUGGAGAAAGAAGAGGAAGACUACUUUAACGAGGACAGUGAUGAAGAGGAUACAACCUCUGCAUCCACUUCACAUAUUCAAAAAGUGAAACAACGGCAACCUGCCUUUUCCAAUGGAGAUGCAGCAAGCUACUCAAAGAUGAGUUCAAGAUCUGGUGGACUUGUUGACUAUGAUGAUGAUGAGGAUGAUGAAGACUACAGGCCACCACCAAGAAAGAAGCCAGAAGCAUCUGAAGAGGAUGAAGGGACAAUGGAGUCUCUCAGGCUGAAAAGAAAAUUGCCUUCAAAGGAGAUCGAAAAUAUACAGAAGCAGAAGUCGUCAAAAUUUUCAAAAUCUAAAGAUGGUGUUUUUGCUACCUUGUGUACAACAUUGAGCCAGGCUGUGCUACCUAGUAAGAAAUCUUCAAUCAACGUUCAUACUGGUCUUUGUAUAGAGGACAAUGAAGAGAAAGAGCAAAAUGUUUCUAGAAACUGCUGUGAGAAAAGCAAUGCAGCGGCUGAGGCGAACCAUGUAGAGAAAGAAACUGCUGCCUGUAGAAAUUCUUCUGAUAGGUUGUACGGCACAUCUGACAAUGGACAGUUGGGUGGCGAGGAACAUACAAUAGUUUCACCGAAAUCCUCUUCAGAGAUGGCUGCUUUUCGGGCUUUGAGCAUGGAACGGGUCGUUCGUAGGCAUCAUUAUCUGAUUAGCAGUGCAGUGGAAAACAUAAUAAGUGAAAGCAUUCUCAUAAUCAAAAUAUUCCGAAUGUCAAAUCUGUUGCAAAUGAGUUGCCACCACCUUCGCAUUCUGAUUGCCUCAGAAGAGCCACGUGUAUACACGGAGCGUUUUGAUCAUAUUUGCAACCACGUUCGCUGUGAAGCAGCAGUAAUAGUUAACAUGAAUCUGAACACCAGCGGUAACUUGGAGACUCGGUCUCUGCUUGAUGAGCUCUGUAACUUCGACAAGAAGGGACUCUUCGAUCUUGGACACCCUCUUCUCAACCGCAUAGUUGAGAGCUUCGUCAAAGCUGCUGGAAUAGGAGCGGUUCAAGCUGUGUCCCGAGAGGCUUAUUUCACAGCCAUUGAAGGUAACGGGGCAAAUAGUAGUGGUUUGCCUUCAGAGGUUUCGAGCACAAAGAAAAAUCAGUUGCCAGGUCUUAAAGGAGAGACCAGUAACAAAUCUCUUGAGGCAAUGGUGAAGAGCACGGGCAAAGAGUCCUUACAAUGGGGAGUGGCUGCAGGAUUGUAUUCAGGUCUCACAUAUGGGUUGAAGGAAGCUCGUGGAGCUCAUGACUGGAAAAACAGCGCUGUUGCUGGAGCAAUCACUGGGGCGACCCUUGCACUACUUACAUUGGAUGAUUCCACUCAUGAACAGGUUGUGCAAUGUGCUAUCACUGGAGCAGCUAUCUCCACUGCUGCAAAUCUUCUCACUGGGAUUUUCUAA